AUGGCUGAAAUCCGUCGAAAGCUCGUCAUCGUCGGCGACGGUGCCUGCGGUAAAACUUGCUUGUUGAUUGUUUUCUCCAAGGGCACUUUCCCCGAGGUCUACGUCCCCACCGUUUUCGAGAACUACGUCGCCGAUGUCGAGGUCGAUGGCAAGCACGUCGAACUGGCCUUGUGGGAUACGGCUGGCCAAGAAGAUUACGACCGUCUCCGCCCUCUAUCCUAUCCCGACUCUCACGUCAUUCUGAUCUGCUUCGCUAUUGACUCGCCCGAUUCUCUUGACAACGUCCAGGAAAAGUGGAUUUCCGAGGUUCUUCAUUUCUGCCAAGGCCUCCCCAUCAUCCUUGUUGGCUGCAAGAAGGAUUUGCGAUACGACCAAAAGACUCUGAGCGAGCUGCAGAAGACCAACCAGAAACCUGUCACUCCUGAAGCUGGCGAGGAGAUCCGCAAGAAGAUUGGUGCUUACAAGUACCUCGAGUGCUCGGCCAAGACCAACGAGGGUGUUCGAGAGGUGUUUGAGCAUGCUACCCGUGCCGCCCUUUUGUCCCGCAACAGCCGCAGCAAAAGCCACAAGAAGUGCUUGGUUCUGUAA